GGGCCGGGCGCAAAACAGCUGAGAGAGGGAGGAACAGGGCUGGCUGCGCACCUCUCGUCUCGCGAGAACUUAAGGACGGGAUAGAGCGGCUCGCGGGUGGCGAAGAGCCGGAGAGUAGGGACGGGAUGGAGUAGGGGCAGAAUGGAGAUGGACUGCAAUCCCAUGGACCUAUCCAAUAACACAGGGGUUGAAGACAAUUCUGAAUUCAAGGAUUUUGAAGGAACAGACGUGAAGGACAUGAGAUUAGAAGCGGAAGCUGUUGUGAAUGAUGUGUUGUUUGCUGUGAGCAACAUGUUUGUCUCUAAAAGCCUCCCAUGCGCAGAAGAUGUGGCGUACAUCAACGUGGAAACUAGGGAAAGGAACAGAUAUUGCCUAGAGCUCACAGAAGCGGGACUUAGGGUGGUUGGCUAUGCUUUUGACCAGGUGGAUGACAGCGUACAAAAUCCCUAUCACGAGACUGUCUACUCUCUGUUGGACUCUGUUAGCCCAGCGUAUCGAGAAGCAUUUGGAAAUGCUUUGCUACAAAGACUAGAGGCUUUGAAAAGUGAUGGGCAGUCAUGAUUGAAUUUGCAAUCGAAGUGGGCUUCAACAAAUGUUGCUGCUGGAUCUAAAUAGUUUUUUCUGAGGCCUGAUGGCAGAGGGGGGGGGGAAACAUUAACCUGAACUCUUUGCUUUCAAAAAAUCCCUUGUUCCAUGACUUGCAGUGACACCAACUUGUAAACUAUGUCCUUGAUACUGUUGUUCGGAGUUAGUUACCCAAUUUAUUUUUAAGGUAACAUAGUUACAUAUAUAGUUACUGUUCUUUGUUAAACUUUCCUUUAGAUAGUUACAAUGUAACACAGUAUAGUUUUGGUCUCUGAUAUUUAACUUUAAAAUUCUUCUAACAACUUUUGUAUUUGUUCAGUAGUGUGCUUCACAAAUAACUUGGUUUUAAGGAAACCAAAUAUUUGCCAUAGCUAAUUUAAUGAAAUGGGUUUUGUUUCAUUGAAAAGUUUUGUAUUUAGCUCAACUUCUUGUAUGUGGAUUUAGACAUUCUCUAGCUCAUUCAUUAGAGUGGUAAGACGAAACAUUAAAUAAAACAUCUCUUAGGAUAUGAUCCACUAAAACGUUAGGCCAGUACUUUUCCGUAACCGAACAACAGUGUGCAGUAUUUGGUGUAGUCUUGAGGGUAGCAAGCAGCAAUGCUAAACAAUAGAUACAUUGUUGGCAUAAUGAAUGUAUUCAUCAGCUGAAAUACAAAUGGGAUAAGCACAGUAAUGAAAAAAUAAAAAGCCACAUUCUGCAUAAAGCCCAAUCCUGCAUUGCUUUUGUUAAACUAUUAAUACUGUGUAAAGAGAACUAUUUGCAUUGCUUUGAAUGUUUACAUAAUGUACAGUAUAUCUAAAAGUAUUUUUGAAUCUUUAUUUACUAUAUUACAUGAGUAUUUCUGCAAAGCCCCAACUAUGCUGUAACUUACAAUGGUUCAUUGUAUUGAUUCAAAACCAAAGAAGGAAAUUGGUAUUUGAAUUGGGAGAAUAGGUGGUCUUAAGUACAAUACUAGUUACCUUCCAGUGCUGUAAUCUCAGUAUAUUUUCUUGGGAUAAAAGUGGUUUUAAAAAAACAACAACCACCCACAAAGCUAUAGUAAUUGUGCAUUGUGAUAGAUAAUACUAACAGAUGUUUUAAUUCUCAAAGUGAGUGAAUUUACACAAUCAUCAGCUCCUUGAUGGAUGUAAAUUUAUAUUUUGCAAACCUGAAUCAAUAUGAGUGAUGCUGUUUAACCUUGCUGAGAACCUGAUCUAGGAACUGAAGAAGUACCAGCUUAGUUGAAGCAUUUAUUACAGCUUUGUCUUAUUUCAGCUAAUUAUAGGAUAACUAAGAAUCUAUAGUAAAACCUGUUAUGAAACAUUGACUGUUUCUUACUGUUUUAAACGCUGAAAUGUCUUGCUUUAUCCAUAUAUAGAAAAUUAGACUAAAAUGUGCAUUUCAUUUUCUAAGAAAACUGGGUACAUGUGCACUUACAAUCUGGAUUUAUAGCAUGGAAGUUAAGAAAACGAGGAAAAUACAUGAAGAAAAUGUGUUCUGUCCAUUUUAUCUGUACUUCCUUGAAUAAGGCAGCCGUGUUUAUUUUAGCAGUUAUACGCUUGAAAUAAAAGAAGCAAAGUGGUCUGCAUAA